AUGGCUGACACUGGGGAAACUACAGCCAUGGACGGAACCUCAGGGUCACAGGGUCAAGGUCAGGGAAGUCCAAAGAAGGAGAGUCCAGCCGGUCCAGGUCUGUCCCCCUCCCAGAGAAAGCUUGUUCUCCUGAUGACCCACCUGAACAUCGCCAUGUACAGCACCUGUUUCUGGAUACAACAGGGAGCCUUGCCGUACCUGACCAAAAAGCUAGGAGUGGAUCCCGUAGUGUACGGUUACCUUCAAACGACCUUCGCGGUGGUCCAGCUGUGCGGCGGGCCGCUCUUCGGACGGUUCGGCGACCUGUUUGGCACGAGAUCAGCGCUGGUGCUGGCCUUCUCCGCUGCCGCCAUGUCCUAUGGCAUUCUGGGAAUGGCGGACGGCAUGUUACUGCUGUUUCUGUCUCGACUUCCUUCAUUCCUUAUGCACUCCAUGCAAGGAGCCCAGAUGGUGGUGACUGACAUCUCUGAUGAGAGUUCCCGUGCCGACGCUCUCGGCAAGCUGGGUCUGUCCUACGGUAUCGGCAUGAUCGUGGGGCCGUUCUUAGGGGGACAGGUCACUAAAUACUUCAGUGAGCAGCACUCAGCGUACCUGGCCAUGGCUGGUUCCCUGGUCAGUAUUGUGCUGGUCAUCUUGUUUAUACCCGCUAACACCAAGUCUGGCAAAAAGGAGUCCAGCAAGGAAGAUUCCAGUCCACCGAGUGUGUUUGAUGUCAAAGCCAUUGCCAAACUGCUUACCAUCCCUGUAGCUGCUUAUCUGCUUUUGGUGAGAACCAUUGUAGGCACUCCCCUGGGAAUAUUCCAGUCCAUGUUCAGUGUGAUCGCCAUGGACCGGUUUAACAUAGGUCCUGAGGAGAACGGAUAUCUCAUGUCAUACAUCGGAAUGGCUAACAUGGUAAUGAUGGGGUUAGGAGUAGGAAUCCUGACCAAGCGUUAUAACGAAGGUUUGCUGCUGAAGUGGGCGAUCUACAUGUUCACAUUUGGCUACCUGCUCCUGGCUGGAGCAAAUGUAACCUGGCACAUCUAUGUGACUGUCGUGCCCCUGACUAUCGGAGGAACUAUCAUGAACACUGUCAUCAGUAGCACCCUCACUAAGGUGGUGCCACCGGACAGUACAGGCACCAUGUUGGGCCUGAGCAUGGCGAGUAACUCCAUCAUCCGCACCAUGUCUCCCACCGUGGGGGGACUGAUGCUGGGGUACGCCGGCUACCCGUCCUUCGGAAUCCUGGGUUUCGUGGUGAACACGCUCCUCUCCGUGUACAUGCUGUUCUCACAGACACACGCACGAGUGGUCGCCGCUGUGGAGAAGCAAAACGCCAAGAAGGAAAGCUGAUAGUGAGGUAAACAAAGGUUGAUAAACUGCAUUGGAUGGAUACAAGUCACGG